AUGGCGAAGGCAGAGAAAGACGACCAGAUCAUUGAGAUCGCACGGGGGCUGAAGGGAACCCCCUGGUGCGACGAGUACGAGCGCAUGAUCUCAGGCAUGCUCUAUGACCCAUUGCAUCCGAAACUGCUGGAGGGGCGCCACCGGGCGCGUUGCUUGGCUUACAAAUACAACAACCUCGACCCCAACACGGCACCAUACGACAAGCAUGGUGAAACCCAACAUGCACUGCUCAGCGAGAUCCUGGGCAAAAUCGGACCAGGAACCUUCAUAGAGCCCCCAUUCGUGCCCGACUACGGAUGCAACGUCAGCAUCGGCAAGAACUGCUUCAUGAACUUCAACCUCACAAUCCUGGACACCAGUCUGGUCAUCAUCGGCGACCGUGUCCAGAUGGGUCCGAACGUGAGCAUCUACGGCGCCGGCCACGAGACAAGCGUCCUUUCGCGGAUCAAGUUUGUCGAGUUCGGGCACCCCGUCAGGAUCGAGGACGACUGCUGGAUUGGUGGGCAGGUCAUCAUUCUUCCGGGCGUUACCAUCGGUCGGGGAUGCACCGUGGGUGCGGGGGCCGUCGUCACCAAGGAUCUUCCUCCGUACUCGGUGGCUGUGGGCAGCCCGGCCAAAGUCAUCAAGACGCUCCCGACUGUCGAGGAAGAGCGCGCCGACCCGAACAACCCGUUCAAUAAGAUGGAUGACCGCGAAUAG